CUCGGUUGGUGGCUCGAGUGCACAUGAUAAGCCCUUUUCAGUUGCCCAUGGGAUUCACAGCGGGAAAGUAGGAACGUGAUUGUGAUUGCGAUUUCGUUUCCGAUACGACGGAGUCCAUGCUCUAUAGUGUGAUGGCGGUGGCAAACGUAACCAGAAGCCAGCAACAGCAGCAGUAAGCGAAGUGAGUGUGUGUCAGAGUGUAAAUCCCUAUCGCUCAGAAGAGACGUUCAGAGACAGUCCGUCCCCUAGCCGGUCUGGUCUGGUAGCCGAGCUUUCUCGACAAUAUGCUGUGCUGGGAAGGAGCUAGUGAUUAUGACGCAUAUCCAUCCUCGCAGGCUCUCCAUGCCGACACCUUCAUGCACUCGAGCAGGAAAUCAAGUGUGCCACUGCCUUGGAGUUCCACCACCCAUGCAACCCACAACAUGGAGCAGAUUUCCGGUCCACCGGCCCGGACCGGAACUUGCUAUCAAACGCCCCGCUCACACCCGUGGCGCCCGACCAUGGGCUACGAGGCGGUCCAAGUAACACCACUGCACGAGCAACCAAUAACCAAUGCACUUGUAGCGUCUUCCUAUUCACCGUCAGCAAUGUGUUCCGAUCCGGUUACCUUUCCAAACCUGGUCACCGGUUUCGAACGAAAUCCGCAACAUGCAGCCCGGGCCGCACUCUAUACUCGCUACACGCCAAACGAGUGGACCACUUCAAACGUGACAACUUAUGCCGAGGCGGAUAAAAACCGAAAUUAUGCCGAAAAAGUCCGCUCGGAAGCCGUCCGUCUCAUGCGGGAAACGGACGAAAAAACGUCUCAGGGCCAACGCGAUGCAGCGCGACGACUGGGAGAACGCAUCACGGAUAUUACCUUUUGGCGGAACGAGCUAACAACCGAGCUAGAAAAACUAAUUGCCGAGUCUGCUCAGCUGACGGACACCAAACGCAACGUGCAGAAGGCACUGCAAGACCUGGAGCCUCCUCUGCACAUAGCACAGGAAUGCCUCUACCAUCGCGAGGGACGGAAGAGCAUAGAGCUGGUGCAUGACCACGUGGAAAAAAGUUUGCUCGUUGAAGUGGAUAACUUGCGAUCCUGCCAGGAGAAGCUGUCUCAAUUAUUGGCUCGUAUCACCAAGCAAUUGGCAGAUUGUCGAGCGGCACAACAUUCACUGGAGGAUGACAUCAGUCACAAGGAAUCGGCACUGGGAAUCGACUCUUUGUGCCAUCAGCUGAAUAACUACAGCCGCGGGAUUAAUUACUACGGUGGUAUUGAAAAAUAUGAUCCGACCGUUAGUACGCCCGGCACGUGGUCCGGCUCGAGCAGCACACGCAUUAACAACUCACAUUCGGAACGAUCGAAAUCCUGCCAGCUGCGAAGCGAUGCGGAAUCGCUGAUCAACGCCGUGGCCACUUCCGUUUGGGACUGCUGGAGCAACACCAACAACGCAUUCAACAAUCGGUCGUCGGAAAUGUUGGAGGCGAAGAGCAAAAUGCAACUGCACUUGCAUAAGACACAACAAGAGAUAUUUGAUGUGGAAAAACAUAUCGAGCUACUGCGGAAAGCGGUUAACGACAAAUCCAAUCCGAUGAAAGUGGCUCAAACUCGCUUGGAAGCACGUGCACAUCGCCCUGGCAUUGAAAUGUGCCGCGAUAAUGCCCAUCUACGUUUGGUGGAGGAAGUGUGCACAAUUCAAGACUCGGUUUCCACAUUGCAUCGCAAGUUGCAGGAGGCAGAAGCUCAACACCAGCAGCUGCUGAAAACGAAAUCGCAGUUGGAGAAUAACCUUAAGCUCAAGGUUGAUGCCCUGUUCAUUGAUCGCGAAAAAUGCAUGGGCCUGCGUCGUUCGUUCCCCGUUAACAAUACCAUUAAAUAUUGAAAAA